GGAGGGGUCCUUGUGUGGGAACAUAGGUAUCCGUGACGUGUGCCUGAAUUCCUCAGAAUCAGAUGCAGAUGACACCCUUCGCACAACCUGGAAGCCAUUUUUUGAGGGCCACACCCUAUAUCUUGGGUUUGUGUGUGCUAGCUUCUGAUUGGUCAAUCUUAAUUUCAAAAACAGGAUCGUCAGUCGUUAUGGCAGAGAUAUGGGCGCCCUUGGCAGACAGAAGAUGUCUUCAGCGUAGGACCGCUUUCCCAGAGGGGCGGGGUUGGGUUGGUCACUGGGUCAGCCCGAGGGCACGUGACAUGGAGGCGGGGACGCAGGAAAGCUCCAGAAUCCCAGGUCGAGUGCUAACAGUCUUUCGCCCACUCUGUGCUCCUUUCCGGUUCUCAAACCCCAAGCGUCGAGGAAGGGAGGUUGGCGAUAGGAGCCUGAGUCCGGAGGCCGGGCCGUCUGUGUGCUGCAAAGAACCGAGUGGACCCGAGGCUGUCUCAGCCUCCUAACGCCGGCAGAAGCUCCUCGUCGCGCUUCCUGUUUCGUCAUGGCGAGAUUCUGGCUGUGCGCGGGCUGCACUGUCUUUUUCCUUGCAUUUCUGAAUUUACAUUCGCGCUUUUCUGGCUCUUCGGUUUUAAGAGAGUUUAUUUUUCAAAUUUCCUGGAGAAGUGAGGAAAUUCUUUACAAGCUGGAUGUGGGUUGGCCUAAGCAUUCAGAGUACUUUACUGGAGCGACAUUUUGUGUUGCAGUUGACUCCCUGAACGGACUACUUUACAUAGCCCAAAGAGGGGAUAACAUCCAAAAGGUACUAGUGUUCACAGAGGAUGGAUAUUUCCUACGAGCUUGGAAUUACACAGUUGACACACCUCAUGGUAUGUUUGCAGCCAGUACACUGUAUGAACAAUCCAUUUGGAUCACGGAUGUAGGAAAUGAGAGGAAAGGAGAGAGAGACAGAAGC